AUGGCUGACGAGUCUCCCAGUCUCCAAAAUCUAUUUGAGGAACUCGGGUUCCCCCCGAGCGAGCACCAAUUCUUGCUUCGUCUUUUCGGCUCGUCUGACCCAUUUGCUGGGCUUCCUGGUGCAGACCUAGAGGCCACUCACAGCCGAGAUCAAUCUGGUCAACUCAGCUCAGUCAGUAUUGGUCGCAGACUUGCAUCUACUAGGCUCUGUGAACGCGCCAAUCAGUUACAUCCAUCAUCUCACCAUCGUCCUAGUGGCUUUCGCGAAGGUUUAGAAGGCAGAGACCUGGUUCACUACGAAGAAGAGUGGACCUCUCUGAUCGCCGCUGAUUCGGAAUCUCUGUUCUCUGAGUUACUCCAACAGCUUGCAUCGGAUAACGAGCAUCCCUGCCUCGAGUCCUCUGAGCUUCCCCAAUACCCCAAGGCAUCAGAGAACGUUGCAAGCCCUAGAUCCGUUGGACCUCCGAGCCCAUCAAUUUAUGAUAGCGAAACAGGUGAGCCUCCCGAUUCUGUUGUUGACCUCAACGCGACCCAUGGAGCCCAAGACAAUUGCGAAAUAUCCCAGGACCCGAGGACUUUGAACGAGCCUGGGAGCUUUGAGCAAUUAAUUCAAUCAUUCCCAAGACCUCCCGGUCGCAAUCAAACGGUCGGGGACCAAAGUUGCUCCCGCGUUUCUUCUGACUUCCAACGAGUGCCACAUAAAGAUAGUGCCCAGGCUAAUACAUCGACCGUCGCCAGUAGUCAGAUCAAAUCUGUGACCAGCCUCCCUCGGAUUUCCCGAUUUUCUGAGGAAUUCGGUGACAGUAAUCCGAUCGGAGAGCAAGAUCCUUCCAAAAUUUGCGCCAAAGCCAAUACAUCUGCACUCGAUACCAGUGGGCCGGGGAAUCCCUCAACUGGUUCUUCUGGAUUCUCUCUGCCGCCUUCUAUCGAAGUCUCAACCGCCGUUAACUCUCGGAACUUUUCGUUUCAGGCCCCUCCCCUGUCUCCCGGCACCUCUUUCAGAGGGUCACGCCCCCCCAUCGACCACCACAAGGGACAACAAGUGAAGCCUGAAAUCUCUCGCCAGACCCAGGAGCGCGGAAGCCAGUACGUCGCUUUCCCCAAAUACCCCUCGCGAGUUCGUCCGACCAGUGAGGUGAUAAGAAGGCAGCGCUCCUUCAACUCUAUCCUUGAGGGGCGCCCUGCAUCGAUUGCUUAUUCCCCUCGGUAUUACCAGAAGACGCCUCUACGUAUCUCUUCUCGUCCGUCGAGAUUCUCUUUCUCAUCAGGGAAAAAGAGCACAGAGAAGUGCAAGAGAGUCUUCAAACGUUUUGUUAAGAAGCUCAAGCGUCUGCGUUGUCAAACCCGCAAACGCCCGGGUACUCCAUCAACACUCAAUCAUUAA